AUGGGCUACUUCGCUAUCAACGCCAUACAGGCCAUCUCAUUCCGCAUCGUGAACGCUGUCACGUCCAACCCGACAGUUUUCCUGAUCUACGCCAUUCUCACGACGACAUUGGCCCUAUUUCUCUGGACGAAAACAAGGAGACGGACAAACGGCCUACCUUUGCCGCCUCAACCGCCCUCGAAGCCUAUUCUGGGCCACUUGACGGAUUUAAUCAGGGAGAAUCAAGCGCGGCGAUGGCAUUUGAAGUUGGAAAGUUGGGCAAGAGAGUAUGGUGCUAUAUUCGGAGUAAGGACUGGGUAUAUUGUUGAUUACUACAUCAACUCUGAUGGUUUGGUCAAGAACCAGAGGAAGGUCAUUCAGCAGCUUCUCACAAGUCCACAGCAAGCGGGGAAGAUUGUGCCGUUUCUAGAAUACGAGACAAUGCGGUUCCUUCGCGAUAAUGUCCUUGAACCAUCAGGCGGACUUUCGGGGCUUCAGCUCUUGAGAGGUAUUGAGCGGUAUACGUAUAGCGCAUUCGCGAUGGUUAUUAUGGGCAUGGAUGUGCCUGACGCAGAUGACUCGGUCAUCGACUUUCUUCAAGAAUCGGAAUACCAGAUCAUAAACACCUUCCCUGGCACCAACAUUAUCGAUCUCGCCCCUUCUUUGGGGAAGUUGCCUCUCUUCCUCAAGCCCUGGGAGAGACAUGGACGCGCAAGAUACAGACGCGACCUCUCAUGGGGGAUGAAACGAGUCAAGAUUGUCGAAGAGGCAAUAGCAAGAGGAGAUUCCUCAUUCGAAGGGACUUUCUUGGGUUCUGCUUUGGCCGAUGAGAGUCUCAAGGGUAUGUCUUGUAAGGAGGAGCUUGCGAUUUUGAGCUCUGCUUUGAUUGUUGCUUCUGCGGAUACUAGCCGAAUGACGACAUGGUCGUUCGUCGAGGCCAUGUUGCAGUUUCCCGAAGCUCAAGCCCGAGCACAAGCUGAAAUCGAUAAGGCCGUUGGUGACAGACCACCAACAUACGAAGACUACGCGCGAAUUCCAUACAUCCGCAUGCUCCUCAAGGAAGUAUGGCGGUGGAGGCCGCCGGUGGCGCUGGGACAUCCUCACAUCACCUCGCGCGAGGUGGAGGUUGGGGGGUACAGGCUUCCCAAGGGGGCACGAAUUCACCUUAACGCAUAUGCGAUUAGUCGAGAUCCCGCGAGACACGAAGAUCCUGAUCGGUUUUGGCCAGAGAGGUUUGAGGAUGACGGGACCACUACGAUGGAAAGCAUCAACGCGCAGGACCCGACAAAGAGAGACCACUUUGCCUUCGGCGCCGGUCGUCGCGUUUGUCCCGGAUACACCGUCGCAGAACGUUCCGCCGUCGUAACAAUGAUGCGUAUCCUCUGGGCAUUCAAAAUCCUGCCUGCCGAGGGAGCAAAGACGCCGUUAGAAUUUGCUGAUUACGCUGAUUCAUUGCCUGGGAACCCGGGAAAGAAUAUGCCUGUGAGAUUCCAAUGCCGGAGUGAGGAGAGGAAGCGUGUGAUUCUCAAGGCUUUCGAGGAGAUGGAGAGUGGAAGGGGCAAGAAGUACCUCGAUCGGCUCCUCCAACCGGACAAAAUGAAAAUCUCCAUAGCAGCUCCUGUCCUCCCCUUCAUGACCGGCGUCACCGCCGACUCCGCGCCUGACGGCGCCCUCCUCGCCCAGCGCCAGAUCUACCCCGCCUGCGCGCCAUGCAACAACGGGCGCGAGCCUCUUUUCCCUAUCGAAGCGAACUGGAGCGGGUACGCUCUUCGCUGCAACAACUUUGGACCCAUCCCUCCUGUACGAUGA